AUGAUAGAACCUGGUAAAGAUUCAAUGGACUAUCUACAUGUAUAUAACAACAACCACGCUCACGUUCCCAGGACACCUACGGGUAGGCAAUGCCUAUCUCCUGUUCUCCCCCCAAUCAUAUUGGCGGUAGAUCAGCAACAUUCGAUGGCUUUUGGGUACUCGAGCCCCAGAUGCUUGCCGACACCAAUAUUGCCUUCUAUGACCGCAAAUGUGCCCGUCCAUUGGUCACAACAGAUUGUCACUAUUCCUGUCGCCGUACAAAGCAAUGCCGGAAUGAUACCUAUCCUCACACCUAUGGCCUCCCCAAGACCUCAGUUCAAAGCAACGACCCCCUCACCCCAUUUGGCCCCAGUCGCCAUAAAAUUACCAGAUUUGAAACUGCCACCUUCGCCUGUGUCCAGCACAGUAAAGGGCGGAGCGUCACAUCCGAUCCUGCCCAAGAUUGUGAUCGGAAAUGGCGGCAGUCAUGUUGAGCGAAAUAGUAAUGAGGAAUUAAUUAGAAAGAUUCCAGAUUACAUUGAUUGCGCAAAGACAAAGGCACAACUGGGCAAAGUUAGAUCCGGUAGACAACUAAUUGCAUGCGCACAGGAAUAUCACCACCCGGUAAACAAGGAUGAGGUCGAAAAUAUCAACAACAUCCUAAACUUCAGGGACUAUAUUUUCAAGCAUCCGAAAUCCUGCUUCGAGUCUCCAUGUACCCUAUCGUUCGAACAGUUCGUUAGAGUAUAUUCAUUCAUUAGUUUCAUUUACAGGACAAAGAAGAUCAAUAAAAACAAGUAUGAACUCGUUUGUGAGAUGAAUGUUCACGAACAACUCAGCAAUAAGCGUAUACAAAGAACAAGGACUCCUGAGAAGUACAAAAUUCAUUUGAUUUGCGAAUCAAAACUUAUUCUGACCUUCAACCACUGUACGAAGACGGUUAAGUUCGAGUCUAUCAAUGGUGGACACUGCCACCCAAUUUCGGCCAAUCAUAUCAUCAAGCCCUCCCUGUUCCUUAUCCACUGCAUUAAUAAAUGCUACCAGACGGUGUCAGAUCCCACCGAUUUGAAGUUGGCAUUGAGAGACGCUUUAGAAGCCCUCGAUCAUGAAAGAAUCGGACUGCCAUUUCUAAAGAGAAGACACUUCAAAAGCUCGCAAGCCUCGUCACUAUCAAAUGUCAGUACCACAUUCAAGAAGCGAGAAGAUCAUGACGCAUUGGGUGUACAUACGGGAAUCAUUCAUACGGCAAACUUCUUCAUGUUUAAUGCAUCUAGCGAUAUAUUUCAGAGGAACUAA